AUGUCUGAAAAAGGAAUUCGCAAAAGAAAUAAACCAACGUUUGUUUGUACAAACUGCAGGCGAAGGAAAAUCAGGUGUGAUAGAAAAACACCAUGCUCAUCGUGUGUCAAGUUGAACAUUGGAUACACUUGUGUUUAUGAUACGUCAUGGAAGGCAGGGGUUGCUGAUCUUAACACGACUAAUGCAGGACCUCAACGAUUAUCAAUCACGAUUCAAGAAAUGGAAGAAAUGGAAUAUUUGAGAGCUAGAGUUAACGAACUAGAGAACGUUCUUUUACAACACGAGCAGAAAGCCGAAGAAACCAUCCCUGAAAAUACCAAUAAGCCUUACUUACGAAUUCAGUCAAUUGCACCUCCGGAGACAUCUGUGUCUGCAAAUCCAGUUGUGAAUCCUGAUGAUACAUUAAACUUCUACACUGGAUACACUCCUUUGUAUACAAAAAGCAACAUUCGAAGAGUAAACUUUGGGCCGCUAUCUUGGGUCUCCUUGCUGAAGCGAGACCCUGUAUUGUGUCUAUCUUGGAGGGAAAUCAGUAAUGGAGGCUCCUUCCCCUCUAUCAAUUUAACACAAUUGCCAUUAACACCAGAAAACAUUGCAAUCUUGAACACCUAUAUGACUACUUCAGAAGGAACCUCUUCAAACAUGGAUGAAUUCUUUCGGCGCAAGUAUUUGGAAGUUGAAGGUUACGAGGAAACAGUGCCUUAUAAUUCUCUGGCAAGAAUAGGCAUGAAAGCGUUAGAAAAAGAUUACCUGGGUGGUAAGAAUCGCGAAGGCUCCCCAAAUAAGCCUACUGAUUUCAGGAUGUCAUUUACCCUGAUCAGUCUUGCCAGAACAAUUUUUGAGGGUAAGAUUAAUCCCGAACUACAAUUGAUUCAGAAAAUAAAAGCAAUCCUACCCAACAGAAAAGUAUUUUGGAAUCUUAUCGAUUUAUUUUUCGAUAAUGUGUAUCCUUUUUUCCCAUUCAUUGAUGAAGACUCGUUUAAAAAAGAUUUGCAAAGAAUAUUUGGAAAGGUAGAUUAUGAGGAUAAACAAUUCUCUAAAGUAAACGUUUGCAAAAAGUUGGAUUUGGCGAUAGUUGCCCUUUGCUUCAUUUGUUUGAGGAUGACAUACUUGUCACUAUACUCAAAUCGUGAUGCUGUUAAUCGAAGGGUUAUCGAAUCGCCGGAAAUGACUACCACCAAAUUCCUUUUCCAAAAUCCCAUUAACUCUUCAAGCAUAGAUGUGGCAAACUCUUGCAUUCAAUGUUUUCAAUUCACUAGGAAGUCCAAUCUCAUUGUUUUUCAAGCAAUCUUGUUAAUGAGAUUUUACAGAGAGAUAGCACCUGAAGAGAGUGAGGGUAUUGAUGGAGGUGAUUCACAAGUUGGAACAGCUUUAAUCAUACAAAUGGCGUAUUCACUUGGCUUGAACCGCGAGCCUGAUUUAUUGGAUGUUUGCAAUGACGAAAAGACAAAUCAUUUGGGUCGUAAAAUCUGGGCGGCGUUAAUUGCGGCUGACUUUGAGCAUUGCUUGGCAAUUGGCAAUCCAAUAAGCAUCCAUUCAAAAAACUACGACGUGACCAGACCAUUUUUGACGGGUGGGAAUAGUAAUACCAAAGACGUUGAUAUGGAGGCAGCAGUUGUGGAAAUCUUUAGUUUGAUGGAUCCUGAAAGGCAACUACUAAGACGGUUGCUUGGCUAUGUUUUGGAUAUGAGAGAUGGCGUUGAAAUGAAUAUGAUCACCAAUGACCUCCACGUUCUUGAAAUGGUGAUGGACACACAGUACAAUGUGUUGCAAAAACACCGCUUGAAAGAUGAAAUAUUCAAUUCCAAACACACUAAGCCACGAGUACGGAAGUUUUUGUAUUCCGAGAAGGCUCGGAAGUUUUUGGAAACAAAAGUUGCUAUCACGUCGUUUUACUAUCAUAUUUAUUUGCAUUAUGAGAAGAAGAUGGAUACAGAACUUUCGUUCUUUUAUUUGACCAAAAUGUUGCUAAUAGCGACCAAUGAUGUUAUGCCUUAUAUCGAGGACAUAGUGAAUGGUUUUUUGAGCUCGGUGGGGUUGUUUUUGAAUCCAGUAGUGCAACUUGCCUUACUCAAAUCAAAUCAAAUUUUAUUUUCAUCCUUUGCUCGUGUCAAUGCUAUAAUAUAUCAAGCGGAAAAAUCAAGAAACCAUAGUAACAAAUGGACCAAUGAUGAAAGUUAUCGCAGUCACUUUACAAAGUUGAAAGGAUUAUCAGAGGAUCUCAACCACACAAUAAAGUUGAAAACCCAGUUGCUUCAAAGGAUGGCUCUGCGAUACUACUGUGCGUGGAGGAUUUCAAAAUCUCAAGUUACUUUUCUAAAUGUGUUGACAGGGAACGAAUUUUACGAUAAACACUACCAACAAUUGAAAAGAAUAAAGGGAUUUCAAUUCACGUCCGCACAGUUGGAUACAUUUGCUUCCGUAAUUGGUGAAUUGAAAAUGGUAUUGUUGAAAACCUUAAAUUUCGAGGAUGUAGAAGACUUGAGCACGCCAGAUUUGGCAGAAGACAAACUGAAUGAUGUGCAAGACCUCAAUUUUGAGCAACAACCCGCAGAUACAAAUCAAAGUCGGGACAGGGAACCCAGUGAACCCAGUGUACCUCUUAGAACUGGGUUGACUCCACUUACAUAUUUGAAUGAGGAGGUACCAGCUGAACUACUCAACGAAAAUUUCAAUUACAUUGAUCAUAUGUGGUUGCUGCAUGCGGCAAUGAAACAAGAUACGAGUCAGUCGUUUGAGAACAAUUUGAUAUCAACAUUAUUCCCCAAUGAAGAUUUGAGAAGUAUGACUACUAGCUCAGCAACAGGUCCAUAUAAUGAAUUUAGUGUCGGCAGUUCUUCUGCUCAACCAGGUGAAAGUUUGGGGUUGACACCGCAGACUGAGCUUCCCAUUCAACUGCUGCUGCUGCUGCUGCGAGAAGACCAAAUUCACGUUCUGUCAAACAUAGGGAGGCAAGCACGGGGUCAAGGGCAGUUACCACUUCCUUCGCUAUUUAAAAACAAUAAUGAACAAGAGGGCAUCGAUCAGGUGCUUGAAGAUGAGGCCAAGUUCCCCUAUCAUUCAUUUUCAUGA